UACCGGAAGUAUUGCUGGGUGAAGCAGCCAUGGGAUCCCCAGCCUGGUACUGGCUGCUGUCUGCCCUCUGUGCCCCCAGUGUGCAGAGCCAGGCCAGGAAUGUGCUGCUUAUUAUAGGUGACGAUGCUGGCUUUGAGACUGACGUCUAUAAUAACACUGCCAUUAACACCCCCCACCUGCGACAGCUGGCUCAGAAAAGCCUGAUCUUCAAAAACGCCUUCACCUCUGUCAGCAGCUGCUCUCCCAGCCGGUCUGCAAUACUGACCGGCCUGCCACAGCAUCAAAAUGGCAUGUACGGCCUGCACCAGGAUAUGCACCACUUUAACUCGUUUGAUGACGUGAGGAGUUUACCCGGGCUGCUCAGACAGGCUGGCAUCCGCACAGGAAUUAUUGGGAAGAAACACGUGGGUCCAGAAUCAGUUUAUCCGUUCGACUUCGCGUACACGGAGGAGAACAGUUCGGUCCUACAGGUUGGGCGAAACAUCACGCGGAUCAAGUUGUUGGUCCGGAAAUUUCUGAAUAGCAAAGACCAAAGGCCUUUCUUCCUAUACGUUGCAUUUCACGACCCUCAUCGAUGUGGACACUCCCAGCCUCAGUACGGCGCCUUCUGCGAGAAGUUUGGAAAUGGAGAUGUUGGUAUGGGACGGAUCCCAGACUGGACCCCACAGUACUAUACCCCCGAACAAGUUCAGCUUCCUUAUUUUAUCCCCGACACACCCAGUGCCCGAGCAGAUGUGGCCGCGCAAUACACCACAAUUGGCCGAAUGGACCAAGGAAUAGGUCUGAUCCUUUCUGAGCUGCGCAGUGCAGGACACGAGAACGACACACUAGUGAUUUUCAGCUCUGACAAUGGAAUUCCGUUCCCAAAUGGACGCACCAACCUCUACUGGUCGGGCAGGGCGGAACCACUCCUGGUGUCCUCACCCACCCAGCCGAAACGCUGGGGACAAGUCAGCCAGUCAUUUGCCAGUUUGCUCGAUAUCACUCCCACUGUCCUGGAUUGGUUCUCCGUGCCGUAUCCUGACUAUAAGGUAUUUGGGAAGAGUGUUGAGCUCACUGGGAAAUCCCUUCUUCCAGCUCUGGAAUCGGAGCAACCUUGGGCGACUGUCUUUGGAAGCCAAUCCCACCACGAGGUCACAAUGUAUUACCCAAUGAGGUCAGUCCAGCAUAUGCAGUAUCUCCUCAUACACAACCUCAACUACAAGAUGCCUUUUCCCAUCGACCAAGAUUUUUACGUCUCUCCAACCUUUCAAGAUCUGCUUAAUAGAACUGUUUCUGGCCAGCCAACUAACUGGUUCAAGACCCUUCACAGCUACUAUUAUCGUGACCGCUGGGAGCUUUACGACCGAUCAGGAGACACGGCAGAGAUAAAGAAUGUGGCUGGAGAGGUCAUGUACCAGGGAAUUUUAAAUUCCAUGAAGGACUUACUGCAGAAGUGGCAGUGGGAGACCUCAGAUCCUUGGGUGUGUUCUCCUGAUGGAGUUUUGGAGGAGAAGUUAGAUCCAGAAUGCCGUCCUCUUCAUAAUGACUUGUAAUGAUUACUGGGUUAAAAUAGACAUAGAAGUCGUUUUAACACCAGGUCAUGCUCUACUGUAAUGCUAGUUAAUAGAGAAUGUGAGUAAAAAAGGAUCAGCUGGUGUGAUCCUCGCAUGGACCUUUAAAUUAAAAACGAGAGCAAAUGUCCAAUGCUAGGCAUCAGCCCAAGGUUCUACCUUGGGAUCUUUCUCUGGAAUGUCUGGGUUUUCUUUUGACUAAAUGUAUGAAGACCAGUUCUGUGGCUGCUAAAAGGUAGGGGUGGCUGGUGGUUAAAUAAGCCCGUCAUGCAGUAUUACAACCCCAAUGUGCAUGUCCACUCCAGAAGCAUGGGGCAGAAGCCUUAAUACUCCUAUGCACUAAAUACUGAAUGUUACCAGAAAGCCUGCUUAUUUUUUUGCACUUUAUUUCAAGAACUGUGCCUUUUAAAAACCAAGAGUGCGGUUAGUACAUGGAGUAUUCAUUUAAUCCCACAUUGUCAUGGUGUCUGCUGGGUUUCUGGUGCCAUCGUCGGGUAACUGGUAACUCGGCCUUUUCAUCUCCCCAACAUCCAUUUUUGAGAAGCAUGUGUUGUAUUUAGUUUCGGGUGCCAUUUUUGCAGGUUUUAUAUUGAAUUCUUUUUUUUUUAACCUAAUUUACCAAAGUGAACCAUUUAUUUAAGUGCCGUUUAUUGACUGUGUCUGUGAUGCACAAAUUGUAUCGUUCUACAUUUUCACGUUUGCUCAGUAUAAAAUGCGAUUGCCAUAAUACCUACAGGAAACUCUUACUGUAGGAUUAGCUGUGAUCAUCGUGCCUUUUAUCAGUUUCGAUAAAAA